AUUUCAACCACUCGUAUUAUGAUACUGGAUCAUGUUCUCGGCAUGCUAAAAAAUUCUCCCCAACUAGAUAGUCUAGGUGUAACUUAUAUUUUUCAUAUCCAUAAAAUUUUCUCGUACUACUGAGGUUCUCUAAAAUUUUUCUUGUAGAAAAUCAAUUGCAAGAAAAUUUUUACAAAAGCAUAAAAUCUUUUAUGUAUUUGAGUCUCGUCGGACGGCAUUCAGUGUGAGAGUUGCACUAGUCGGACAACCUUACCAAAUAUCUUCUCUUCUCAAACAUUUUUAGACACAUUUUAUACCCCUUUAAUUUCUUCCCAUUUAGUAAAUAACUCUCUUGUCCUUUACCUUUUUUUUAAAUAUAUUAUAUAAAAAUUCAAAUCAAAUCCAAACGAAUAUCAAAUUAAUAAAUAAACAACUUUCCCCGACCCCUUUUUUGGAUCUAGGUAAAUUUAAAUUUAAUGAAAGGAGAAAGUUGUGAUAUUUUUCAUUUUUGGCGGUGUCAAAUAUAAUUUUAUCAUUUAUUGGUCGACUCUUUUUUCACCAAUAAUUCAAAAACAUUACGUGACUCACCAGCAAAAUCUGACCGUUGCCUCAACGUUCGAAAAUUUCUGAAUUUUAAAAAAGUAACCUUUUGGCACACGUAGCUCCCGUUGCUAACGGUCAACUUAAACGUCAUCUACUUCUUACCCUCAAACCCUUGAGAACUAAGAACUAUCUUCAACUCCACAAAAUCGAAAAUCGCCACCUGGGUUUUCAAUUUCCGACCACGAUUGUCAUCUUCCCCGUUCUCCAACCCCUAAAAGGCGAAAAAUGGCAGCUUUGGCACCGGGAAUUUUACUGAAGCUCAUGGACGGAAUGAACACAGGGGUCAAGCCCACUGGCGAGCACCGGAGCGCGCUUCUGCAGGUCACUGACAUCGUGCCGGUGGACCUUGACGAGAAGAGUCUCUGGCCCACACAGGGCUUCUACAUAAAAGUCUCCGAUUCUUCCCACUCAAUCUACGUCAGCCUCCCCGCCGAACACAACGACUUUGUUCUCAGUAACAAAAUGCAGCUGGGUCAGUUUAUAUAUGUCGACAGAUUGGAGCCCGGGUCGCCAGUGCCGGUGGUGAAGGGAGCCAAACCACUCCCUGGCCGGCAUCCUCUGAUGGGUACACCGGAACCUCUAAUGGGGCUGAGGGAGAAGGGAGAGAGAAUCGAGCAAAUGUCGAAUUCAAAGCCUACUAGAAGGGGGUCUUGGGGAAUAGGGCUUAAUGGAGCUGAUGGGGUUUCGUCUCCCAUGGUGUUAAAGCCGGUUCCUUUGGAUUUCGACCAGUGCACUCCGGUUAAAGAGCGUGGUGGAAGAAACGGGUCGAUGUCUCCGAUGAUUAGGGGGAGAGUAGGAAGAGAUGGAGGGUCGAAUUCAGGCAUUCGGUCUUCGGUUGGCGGUGGACUUUUGGCUAAGAUGGCGGAUUCCAAGGGAGGCGAAAGCCCUGCAUUGCGAAAAAGCUGUGUCAUGCCGUCUAUGUCAAAAUUUCCUAGGAGUAGAAGUGUGUCUGAUCGAGAGCCAAGGAUCCCAAUUAGUCCCUUCAACCCAGCUGAAAAAAAGAAGACCUCGACUCCACCACCGCGAAAUGCAAGAGUGGGAACUUCACUCAGUGUGGCUGGAGAUGCUGCACAGAAAUCCUCCAACUCGAAGGACAUGAACGCGAACUCUCAGCAGCAGCCUCAGCCUGGUAACUUGUGCAACGAAAACAGCACUAGCCUCUGCCUCCCCGUGAAUUUACCAGGAAGGCUCAGCUUGCUCGGCAAGGAAGCUGUGCAGCAUAGAGAGACUGCUCAGAAGAUUGCCCUUAAUGCACUCAGAGAGGCUUCAGCAACCGAUACCCUAGUUCGAUCUCUCAAGAUGUUCUCAAACUUAAGCAGAACAGCUAAAGCGGAUGCCCCAUCAACCUGCUUUGAUAAAUUCCUCGAAUUCCAUCACCAAAUCGUCCAAUCAGUUAACGAUAUGGUAUCGAUUCAAGCAGCUACUUCAGCUUCUGAAAUGACUCAGACUACUCCAAAAGUUAAGCAGCAGAAAGAUAAAGAUCAAGAUGAUGAAGACUAUUCUGUCUUGCACGAAAUUGUUCAAAACUCCGUGAACUCAAAAUUGAACCUAUCGAAAAGAAGGCACGCUUUGUACAAGUCAGUUGCAGCCGUUCCUGAAAGAAGCGAGCAGAAAACGACAACGUUUGAGAAGCUCCUGAGAAGCUCUACUCAUCAAAAGCCGAAAGCACCAUCCACUCCACUUGGAAAGCUGAGCCUUGAAACCAUUGGUGAGAACGACGAAAACAAGAAACCGGCUUCUGCUAGUUUAAGCAGCUUAAGCAACACAAUCAGGUUGAGUAAGCAGAUCGAAACAGAAGCUGGGAACUGGUUUAUGGAGUUUAUAGAGAAGGCAUUGGAGACGGGGAUGAAGAAAUCAAAAGGCACGACAACGGAUAAAGAUAUCCGAAAAGUGCCUCAAUCUCUCAUUCUUAGAUUGAUUAAUUGGGUGGAAGUAGAACAGUGUGACAGCAGCAAGCGGCCUGUGCAUCCGAAAGCAGCGCAGUUGGCUCGAAAGUUGAGGAUCAAAGUGAAGAAUCCUUGAAGUGUUGACCUUGAUUGUGUUUGUAUUAGCAGUACCAUUAUUUGUUGAAUUGAAUCUCUUAUUUCCAUAUGUUUACUAGCAUGUACUCAAGUGGUUAGUAGAGGGUGUAGUGUAUUUUACUUGUGGAAGAAUACACGUGAAUAAAGUUGUGGAAGAAGUUCAAAUAUCUUGAAACUAAGGUUGUAAAUCAUUGAUUACAAUUGUUUAAAUACGAAUUAAUGAAUUAUAUUA